CACGUUCUGAGAACUUCGAGAAGCAACAUCUCAGCACUCAGCACCCAUCCCAAUUCUUCCCACAGCCACUGGACCAUCACGCGGCAGGAGCAGCGGUCCAUUUCGGAAGAUUUGCGAAGAUGUCACCCGCGCGCAUGGAAUCGUUUGGCCGUCAGGCAGUUUUGUGAUUCGAGGACAGCAUGUUGAGCUGUGGUUAUGAUUCGAUCAUUGCGCCGCAGGAGCUUACUCGACCCAAGCCCGACCAGCCCCUCCAAUCUAGCUGCUUCCCCGCUAAAGCACGUAAGUUUGUUAUUCACUCAGCUCUGAGGCCAGUGUCAACAGUCAGCUAGCUAUAUUAAAGAGGCUCCUCGUCUCAUGGUCUGUUUCUUUCCUUCUUCACAUCCUCCAAACUCCAACCACACAAGCUCUUCACAGCUACAGCACUACACAACAGUCAACAUGUCUGGCAACGAUUACUACGGUGGCAACCAGGGUCAAUACCCUCCUCAACCCAACUACGGCCAGCAAGGUCAAUAUCCCCCACAACCAAACUAUUCCGGCAACCCCCCUCAACACCAAGCCUAUCCUCCUCAACCAAACUACGGCUCUCCCUCACCUGCUCCAUACGGUCAACAACCACCAUAUGGACAGCAACCUCCAUACGGGGAACAACCACAAUAUGGCCAGCAACCGUCUUACGGUCAACAGCCACCUUAUGGCCAGGGAGCCCAACAACCACCCUACCCAUCCGGCCAACCCAACUACGGUGAAGACCGCUCAGGACCCCAGGGCCAACUCGCUCCCGGAGAAGUAGGACCCAACGGCGAGCGUGGUCUCGGCGCCACACUAGUCGGUGGAGCCGCAGGAGGGUUCGCCGGUCACGAAUUCGGCGGUGGAGCUCUGGGUACGAUCAUCGGAGGAGUGGUUGGAGCGAUCGGAGCGAACGCCUUGGAGCACCGUCACAAGAAGCACAAGGAGGAGAAGAAGUGGGAGGAGCAGCAGGGACAGUAUGGUGCUCAGGCUCAGUAUGGUGGGAGUCAGUAUGGGUUGGCUCCUCAGGGGCAUCAUCAUGGUCAUCACCGCAAGCAUUCGAGAAGUCGGAGCAGAGGACUUGGUGAUGAUUCGGACUAAGUGAUUGGGAAAUGGAUAUUUGGGAUGGUGGCUAGGAUAAUAUGGUUUUGUCUCUUUGCUUGAUGGUAUGCGAUGCUUGCGGUGCGUUAUUGCCGAACCCUGGAUGGGUCAUCGACUUCAUGAAUUUACGAAUCAAUAUUAUUAGAAUGAAUAUUCUUGCCUAAA